GCGAGGAAGUAGGCGCGGUAUGCUUGCGAGGCGCUCUGCUCCCUUCAGCGCAGCCAUCUGCGCAGCUCGGCUGCUCCAUUUUCCUGGCAGCUCGCCACUGAGUCUGCGGAAGCGCUGGUGAUGCAGGCUGGCGAGCGGAGGCCGGUUAGCGAGUGAGGUGGCUUCCCAGGUUUCAGCUGCAACGCUGGAUCCGGGGACAUAAAAUCGCUGCUUCUCCGCUCGUCACGGCAGGGAGGUUCCUCCUGGCUGCCCUUUGUUUUCACGGUGGAGGCGGCACAGGUGCAACCAAAGAAUGUCAGUGAACCAUUUCCUUGGGAAUAAGAAGAGAAACAGCUCCAUUUUGUACCAUGUGGACCAGGCAAAAGUUACGACUUCACCUUCAUCUCUCCAGAGAGCUACAAACCAGAGUCAUGUUGGAAACCAUGGAGAAGGCUUCCCACCAAACAAGCGUUACAAAAGCUUUGCUGCAGCUGAGUGUAAAGAAAUGGAAGAUCCUUUUGCAGACAGUGAUGACUUUACAGCAGAUGACUUGGAGGAGAUAGAUAUUAUUGCUACUCAGGCAAUGGCAGAAAAAGUUUCCUUUGAAACAAAUACAUGGAGAACUGGGCAAAAUACAGAACUGUCUUCCAUAGUAAAUAGCACUUUCAAGGUACCUAAUCAUAUGAAGCCAUGGAAUAUUGCCCACACAGCUGAGACAACUUCUGCAUGUCAGUUUGGAAGGAGCAGAGAAGAAGCCCCACCUAAAGACAAAUUUAAAAUCGAAACACUUCAAGCACAAUAUGAGGAAGCGAAGAAAAAGCUGAAGGAAAUGCAAGAUGAAAUCCUCACUAAAAAUGGAGAAAUCAAAAUUCUCCGGGACUCAAUGCAGCAAAUGAAAUCCAGUCUGGAGGAGCAGCAGAAAUCAUACAUGGAAAUGGAAAAAGAGAAGCUUCAAAUUUCAAGUGAAAAGGAAAAGGAAUUCUCCAGAAAGUUACAGUCAUUGCAGUCUGAGCUACAGUUCAGAGAUGCUGAAAUGAAUGAACUGAGAACAAAGCUUUUGAGCUGUGAAAGAAUUAAACCUGUUAUUCCUUCAGUUUCAUACAUCAGUCCAAAAAAGAGUCCCUCUAGCAUUAUAAAAGUUGAAGGAUCAACUCAGAAUGAAAAAAAAAGUUACCCCACAAACGAUUCCUUUGGCUCUGAGUUAUCACCUAAAGCAACCUGCUCCAGAACACUGUUGCAGACCCAAGCUUCUAGGACUAAUAAGAACAAUAAGAUGCCUGACCUUGAGACAGAGACGGUGAAGCAAGAAACGAGUUAUAUCUGUGCUCAAAAACAAGGUUCCAUUUUGAUAAAUGCGCUGAUGAGGCAGCCGAUUGUUCCGGGAUCAUCGCUAGGACUCUGCUAUCUUCUUAGCAGUAAGGUUGAAGCUCGGCCUGGUCCUGUCAUGCAAUCUAGUUCUUUCCCUGCAGGAGCUACGGGAAGCUUCUGUGACCGGAUUGCAAGUUCUCAGGAAGAAGAGGCUUCACUGAGAGUGGCUCAGAGACUGGCCCUUGCUGGACUGAAUCUGAUUGCUAUGGAUGAAGAUUCACUGGAAGGAAGCUCAGAAGAAAGCAGGCGAGGAAUAUCCCACCCUAAGCGCUACAAAAUUCCUGGGGCAGUACAUCUUCUUCCUCUCCUGGAACAUCACAUUGGUGCAUAUCACCAAGCCCUCCUCUUAAUGAUGAAGGCAGGGAGCAGUUCCUCGGGGAACCAAUCUACUUGUUCUUCCAGAACGUCCUCUAGUACAGCAUCAAGUGUAGACAAUUUUUUAUCUGCGCUCGAAGAGUUUGCCCUUGUGUCUCUUUGCAUUCUUUAUUAUUUGGUAUUUUAUAGCUGGGAUGUUAUUUGUGCACUACUUUCUUUGAGUAUGAAAGCGGAUUGUGAUUUGGGGGACAGAGAAGAUCUGGAGAAGGACAAGAGUGUAAUUCGCAAUAUGUCAGACAGAGCUGGUCUUCAGGAGCCCGAGCCCGAAGCAGAUGUGACUAACGCUGAGCCAUCCCAGCACCCCUUGUUCAAAAAGCUGCUGCAGCUUUUGACUUUAUGUGCUACAGUGGUGGGGUGCCAAAGACACAGCAUCGUGUAUCAGUGCUUCAGAGUCUUGGUGAAAUUAGCUGAACGUUCAACGGUUGACUUAUUAAUAAGCUUCCAGCUUUUGUUCAACAGCCAGACACAGACGCUGCUCCGUUGUGUGACUUCUGAAACUCCAUUGCGUAUCGUCCACCUGUGUGUGAGGCUGUUAACUUUACUUGCCGAGCGUCAGGAGUUGGCCACUCAGUUUUGUUCGUGUUCAGAAUCCUGCCUGUUCUUGGCACUGUACAUGUAUAUCACAUCACGACCAGAUAAAUCAGCUUCUGAGAUGCUUUGGCUACAGUUGGAACAAGAGACUGUUCGCUUCCUAACCAAGUGUGUGCAGUGCUGUAGUCUCUUUGUUUCACUUGUUGGAAAAGAUUGCCAGUGCAACUCUGAGGUAGUGAAAGCUCUCAUUAUAAUGCUGCACAGGCAGUGGUUGACAGUCAGAAAGGGAGAAGGAAGUCUGUUUGAUCUGCAUGGGAAGCGACUUACUCAGUUCUUACGGCAGACUGUUUUGCUCUUGCAUGCCCUGUCUCAAAAGGAUAAACUCUUCCACGAGCAUUGCCUGGAAGUGCUCCAUCAAUAUGAUCAUGUCAUGCCUGGUGUCAGAACAAUCCUCAGAAGAGUUCAAAAUCUGAAAGCCUGUGAAGAACUUGCCUUGGAUGAGCUGUAUCCUUUGGAACCGGAAGCUGAUGAGCAAGAAAUGGAAUGCAGCUAAUUUUCCCUCAACAAUACAUUUAUUCUCUUUCCAGGAAUGGCUAAUUUUGAAACUUAAUGGAAUCAGCUUUUUAAAUGUACAAUUUAAAAUGAAAGAUUGGCCAGAAAUGAUCACCAUGGAAGCAGUUUAUUGGUUGGGUUUUUUUUACAGUUUUAUUGAGUAAAUUCCAACCUAAUGUAUGAUAAUAAAACACUGCUAUCUGAAGAAUGUGCUAUUAAAAAUAUCCAAACUUUU